UUGAAGGACGGCAUCAGUUGAUGGGACCUUCCAAUGAUGCAUUCUGCACUAGUGCAACCCAUCUGCUUCCCGUUGCCCAGUGAUAGAAAGAAGGCACUUCGCAAACUGAACACCCGACGAAACACUGAGCCCGAGGUCUUCACAUUCGACCCGAUCCCAUCGCCCACGUAUGGACGCAAGUACAAGAGGCGCUCAUUGAAAAUCCUUUACCCGAUAUACCAGCCCCGGAAGACCAUCCCAGCUGAGAAGGAUGUGGUGAAGAGGCUUCUGCUGUUUCUCCUCUCCAUUGUUGCUCUGCAGGUCUACCUCACGCCAGUGGCCCACCUGGAUGAGCGAUUGCCGGUCCCUGAGAGACAGGAGUUGGGACUGAAGUGCGAGAGCUUCCUCCACCCUUGGCCACUCUGGAUGGGCUAUUCCACCACCAGCGCUUUGUGUAGCUCACCGCAACAAGUCCAGGUGAAUAUUACCUGCCCGACCGUCCACACUUCCCACAUUGGUACCUGA